AUAGCCCCAUUGAGUUGGUUUGACAGAGUAGGGUUCUAAGGAAGAGAGAGAGAGAGAAAUGGGAGGAAAGGGAAAGAGAAGGAGAGAGAAGAACUACAGAGCUGCUCAUGGCGGCUACAAUGGCCUUCCUCCCCCACCCCUUCCUUCCCAAAUCGACGCUUUACCCUCUAAACUUCGCAAAAUCAUCUCUUUUACUCAAAAUCAAAAUGGGGCUACUGGGUCGUCAAAAAACAAAAUAACCGAUGAUGGGCAUGCUCAAAAUAACACCCCUCUAAAGGACAAAGGUAAUGUUGGUAUUGCAGAUGUCAAUCAGGGGCAUGCUAAUGGGCAAUUAAAGGCACCUCAACAUGCUGAUAGGGUUGAUGAAAGUAAUGCAAAUGAUAAGAAAAGGAAAAAAAGAAAGAGGAAUGAGGUUAAAGAUCUCAGGUUUGCAAUGGAAGUGGAUCAAACGAGCACCCAGUUAAAGAGACGGGAGCGUAAGAAAAAGUAUUUAGAAGCAAAAAAGAAGAAGCACAAAAAAUCUCAUGAGGAAGAAAAGUUGGACUUCCCUGGACAUGAAAAAAUAAAAUUUGGAGAUAUUGUGCAAGCCCCACCAAAAUUGGCUGUCACUCCUAAGGCAUUCAAGAAUGCUCAAGAUGCUUCUCAAGAGAGACUUAGACUCCGUGCUAUAGAGGAAUACAGGAGUCGCAAAGGAUGGACGUCGAGGCCAGGGAGUCACCUUCCACCUGUGGUGACUACAUCAGACACUUAAAUCACUCACAGCAUGUUAUCAAGCAUAUUAUGCUUAGUUGAGGUAGUCUUACAAAGCAUGCAAGAUUAUGCAUUGCAUGAACAAAGAAGAGGAAAUGAGCAUGGCUCUUUUGUUUUUCAUUUUCUUGGAGGUAGAUUUUUCUUCAUUGAGAGGCAAUUUAUGGGUUCUCACAGGAAGUAUGAUCUGAUGCAGACUUGUACAUGUCUGGAAGUCGUUAGUUACAUCAAAUGAAAAGUCAAUUACUGAGCUGAUAUGAUAUAGCUAACGUUUGUCAGAAUAUAAAGAAAAAUAACUCAAAAAUGAUGUUGCUAUUUAGAUUACCUUGUAUCUCUAAAUAUUCUUUAAUGCAUGUUUUCCUUGGUUUGCUUU